AUGGCAAUCAGUAAGUGGAGGAAUGGUGUUGGGCCAAACAUCGAGGCUGUAUUGAUGGAAAAUGUGAUGAGAACUGAACACAUGUUUCCUGUAUCUUAUGGAGGGAAUAGGGCAUGUGUUCAUACAGCUUAUGGAGACUUAGAAGUUGAUCUAGGUUUACAUGAAUGUAGCUGUGGAGCAUGGCAAAUGUCAGGGAUUCCAUGUGCACAUGCUUGUGCAGCCAUCAAGCUUGCCCAUGGAAAUGUGUAUGAUUAUGUUGAGGAAUGCUAUAAAAUUACAUCUCAACAAAAGAUUUAUAAUCGGAGCAUGAUUCCAGUUGUGACAAUUGACAUGCCAGAUAUUAAUGACUAUAGGAUGGAAAAUAUUUUAGGCCAAACCUUCCUCCAACCACCCCGCACAAGUCGACCUCCUGGACGGCCAAGAAUUAAGCGACGUGAAUCACAAUUCCAAAAUAAGAAGACUUACUACUGUGGAACAUGCCAUGAAGCUGGUCACACAAGAAGGACGUGCAAAAAUCCAAACCCAUAUUGA